GUCAACAGUUUGAGAGCUAAGUACGCAGAAGCUAAGUAGCUGCCCUGAGAUGGCGACGGCAAUAUAUCUGGAACAUUACCUUGACAGUAUUGAAAACCUACCAUGUGAGCUACAGAGAAACUUUACUUUGAUGCGGGACCUGGACAGUAGGACUGAAGAAAAAAAAGGUGAGAUUGACAAACUGGCUGAUGAGUACAUAGCAAAUGUGAAGAACCUGACCUCACAACAGAGAGUGGAACACCUGCAGAAGAUCCAAAAUGCCUACAGCAAGUGCAAAGAGUUCAGCGAUGACAAGGUUCAGCUUGCAAUGCAGACAUAUGAGAUGGUCGACAAACAUAUCCGCAGACUCGAUGCAGACCUGGCGCGGUUUGAAAAUGAACUAAAGGAGAAGCUGGAACUGAGUGGAUAUGAAAGUGCAGACACAAGAGGAUUGAAAAAAGGUGACUCUCGGGGAAUGAGAGAGAAGCGUGGAUCCAGGGGAAGAGGAAGAAAAGGUUCUGAUGAAGAUUCUCCCAGAAAGAAAAAGAUGAAAAACGGUCCAGACUUGAGUGAGGCUCUCCUGCCUAUGCAGCCAUCAGAUGUUCUGGACAUGCCAGUUGAUCCCAAUGAGCCUACAUACUGCCUGUGCCAUCAGGUGUCGUACGGGGAGAUGAUUGGAUGUGAUAACCCAGAUUGUCCGAUUGAGUGGUUUCACUUUGCUUGUGUUGAUCUCGCCACAAAACCUAAAGGAAAGUGGUUUUGUCCAAGAUGCACCCAAGACAGGAAGAAGAAAUGAGCUCUUAUUUCCAGAAAUAGUGAACUAAUGUAUGUAUUUUUGUGUAGUAUAAUAAUGAUAUAUUUCAUUUCUUGAAACUCUCCAUAGAAAUGGUGGAAUAUACAGCUUUGUUAAAGGCCUUAUUCAGAUUUGGAGUAUAGAUACACUUGUGGCACAGUUAACUCCCCACUGUUGGCUUUACUAUAUCCGUUAUUGGAUUGAAGCCAGCUGUCUUUGUCCAAUAGCUUUACAAUAAUUAAUUUGCCUGUAUUGUAUUUGUAUACACUGGGUAGUGGAGUUAAAAUUGCACAAAUUAUUACCAAUCAGAGUCUCUCUCUCAAGUGAUAACUAUGUCAUUACUAACACUCUCCAGACUGAACUCUUAGACUGUGGCUUUAGCAUACUUGAAAGAUCAGUUUUAUAAAGAACUAUUUUUAAACAAAUGAAUAGCCUGCUGAGAAUACAAUUGUAAACACCUAAAUCCUUACCAAGUAAUGGUAGUCAAAGGAAUUAUGUGUCAGAUUUUCUGUUACUACCUCCUUAGGGAAUUACAGCAGCACUGUACUGGAGACUGCAAUUGAUACUGAUGUAAAAAGAUUUUAAUUUGCUUAAACCAAACAAGGAAAGCAAUGUAAAUUCAUUCUUUUAUUGUGUUAAAAACAAAACUGAGACACCUUUGAAUGUAUUGUGGUACUCAUGGUCUGUCAGCCAGUUUCUUUUGUCAACUGAAUGAGGUUUUGAAGAACUUUGAAAUUUCCCCCUGAUGAGGUUUGAUACGGCAGGCUUGGUUUUAUUAUGUAGUUUAUUUCAAUUAAAACUGUUCCAUAGUACAUUGCUUCAAAUCAUAUAUGAAAAU